AUGGGCGUUUGUCAAAGCACCCAAGUCGAGGAGGUCCAUGUGAUGCUUUCAGAGCUGCAAUCGGGGGACGUGCUUCUUAGCAAGGAGCCAAUCCUCUCGAGUCCUGGCGCCUGCUUCAUGCGUAGCUGCCUUUGUUGGCAGACCCAUCACAUAGGCCUGGUGGUGAAUCCUGCUGAUUUUCCUGCAGAAUCACACCUCCGUCGUCGCCACCCCGAGAUGGAACAAGGCAGAACGUACGUGUUCCAUGCGCUUGUGACUGGCAUGAAAGUCUGGGACCUCGAGCGCUACAUUCGUCGGAUUCACAAAGCUUGUGUCUUGCCAGGAGAGGCUUGGGUGCGUCAGCUGCGCCCCAGCACCGAGACUUCCUCUGACUUUCGCCCACAACUCAUUGCGGAGCUGGAUGCCGCUUUCGAGGAGCUCCACAGCCGGCCGUACGAGAAAAAUCAGCUGUCGACUCUCCAGGCCUUCUGCGACUGCGCGGAGGUGUGUGGCCUCUGCCAAGCCAAGCAGGACUGUCCGAAGGCCAAAAUAUUGUUGAUUCUAGUCUCUAGUCCAUCUGGGGUGUCGAAUUACCGCCAUUCAGCAGAUGCCCCGAAUUUUGGAAAAACCCGCAUGGUUGCCGGGGAAGACAGGAGGUGGGGGGUCGGGGUCCAGGAAAAGAAGGACAGUAUCCGUUUCGCGUAUUGUGUCAAGAUAGCCAUGUCAUGCCAUGUCAGUACCAAGUUCAGAGUGCAUGUAUACAGAUAUGUAUGUAUAUAUACACAGACAUACAUACAUACAUACAGACAUACACACAUACAUACAUACAUACAUACAUACAUACACGCACAUAUACAUACCUACAUACCUACAUACAUACAUACAUACAUACAUACAUAUACAUACAUAUUUAUGCAACAUACACACACUCUCAGGCCCACUUUGUCAUGCAGCUCCUUGAACAGAAUCAUGCCCCUGCCUGCUAGCCAUUGGCUCACUUAA